AUGAUUUUGGCUUCAUCACAUUUGAGACUGUUUUACGCCUUUGGGCUGCUGCUACUGUGGCCAGUGCAUUCGGCACUUGGGACUCCUGUACAGCAGCCGGAUAUUACAUGGCCGGAUGUCCGCGAUCUGAAGGUAAUACCCAAUCCUACAGGCUUUGCCGCUUUGCUAGUUCGAUGGCAAACACAAGCCCGAGAUUCAGUACGCAACUUUGAGGUCACUCUACGCUGUACCGAUUCUGACAGAGUUGAUAAAAAAUCCUCAACCACGGAGGCGGAAGUAUUAUAUUUCAACAAUCUGUGCCAUGGGAACUACGUACUGGAGACGUUCCUGCAGACUGCUUUCAACGGAAAGGGAAUGCGUGUCACACGGACGAUGUCUGAAUCUGGAAUGCAACCACCGACAAACGCCACAGCGACACUGUUUGUUAACCCCGACCGAACUGUCUCCCUGAAUAUCUCUUUCAUGCCUCCACCACUCGAAAGUGCACCUACCAGCGGCGUCGUCGUAGAAACUAUCACUCUGAUUGUCACUUCGGAAACCAACUCUCCGCCGGAAAUAUGCCGGAAAAUCCUCAAAAGAAACGAAAACUUUGCCGGUGCCAAACAGAACGCCGGUGUGAUGCAAGUGGGACUGCCGCCUGUCUUUAAACUUGGUGAGACAUACAAGCUGACAAUGUACACCAACGACGUUACGGAGAAGUCAUCGGAAGCGAAAAUCAUCAUGCCAACAUUCGAUCCGAGCAUCGCUUCGGCCAAAAUCAACUCCAUCUCCGCCACUACAAUUGAUCUUGAAUGGGGCGAGUCAAUCUUCCCUGUUGACGGUCUGCAGGGGUUUCUACUGCGCGGCAUCAGCGACAGUGGUGAAGUUACCGCGAAGGCAAUGGCGAACGAGCGGAAGGGUCGCCUGUCGAAUUUGAAGCCCUACACGAACUACACCACUUCAGUCGCCUCUCAAUACUCCGAUGACAAUAAUCCGGACCUGACCUUCCAUUUAGGCGUUGUGCAAACAUGGUCUGCAGCUCCUUCUCCCCCGACUCUCACAUCCGUCACUGCUUCGGGACCUGACUCUAUUACACUAGCCUGGGAGGCACCGGAGACUACCAACGGCAUUCUAGAGGAAUACGACGCGCAGUGUUACAGACCUGGUAGCGACUGGCCCUCGGGUAGCCAACGCGUGAAUGCCCAGACUCUCUCCACUGAGGUUACCCGUCUUGUCUCGAACACCUUAUAUGAGUGCGCCGUGAUUGCAUCUACAAAGCAGAUCAACUGGGGCCAAGGCGGCGGAAAGACCUCCUCAGCAAGAUCGUCCCCCAUACAGACAUGGCCAGGAACCGCUGAAGAAAUAAUUAUCAAGCAAGCUUCUGCAGUUGGACCAAACUCAUUGUUUAUGGAGUGGUGGAAACCAAACAACAUCUACGGAGACCUCGGCCACUACCGCGUUAAGUGCAGUCCGACUGGCCAAACAAACGGGGAGAAAGAGACUCAAGUACCAAGUGACACGCUCAGCGCA